CAUCCAUCUCUCCCACAAAUAAGUUUUUCAUCUUUAUUUAUCCUCAUUUCACUUAUCAAAAGAAAGUGAAAAAGUGCCAGCUGAUACUUUUAAAAAUCAUAUUCUUUCUAAUUUUCUGCGCAAGAAAGGAAAAAAAAAGAUUUCCAACGAGGGAAACGAAAAGGCCAGCCGGCUAAAUCAGCAGCCGGUCAGCCCAGGUGGAAAGAAAGAGUGAAAUUGGGGCCUCAGGGGGAACGCACCGCCUUUCCACAGCCGCAGGGCCACCACCAGUGCGUGAGCCUUGGAUCCCUCAACGUAUUGCGAGACGCCGGUGUACAGCCCGGACCUGUGCCCCAACAUGAUCGCCGCUCAGGCCAAGCUGGUUUACCAGCUCAAUAAAUACUACACCGAGCGCUGCCAGGCGCGCAAGGCAGCGAUCGCCAAGACCAUCCGAGAGGUCUGCAAGGUAGUGUCGGAUGUGCUGAAGGAAGUGGAGGUGCAGGAGCCGCGCUUCAUCAGCUCUCUGAGCGAGAUCGACGCCCGCUAUGAGGGGCUGGAGGUCAUCUCACCCACCGAGUUCGAGGUGGUGCUCUACCUCAACCAGAUGGGCGUCUUCAACUUCGUGGACGACGGAUCUCUGCCAGGCUGUGCGGUGCUCAAACUAAGCGAUGGGCGGAAGCGGAGCAUGUCUCUCUGGGUCGAGUUCAUCACAGCAUCUGGCUACCUCUCUGCGCGCAAGAUCCGCUCGCGUUUCCAGACGCUGGUUGCCCAGGCGGUGGACAAGUGCAGCUACCGGGACGUGGUCAAGAUGAUCGCCGACACGAGUGAGGUCAAGUUGCGCAUCAGGGAGCGCUACGUGGUGCAAAUCACUCCAGCGUUCAAGUGCACCGGGAUCUGGCCUCGCAGCGCGGCACAGUGGCCUAUGCCCCACAUCCCCUGGCCCGGCCCCAAUCGGGUGGCAGAGGUCAAGGCUGAAGGAUUCAACUUGCUCUCCAAGGAGUGCUACUCGCUAACUGGCAAGCAGAGCUCCGCAGAAAGCGACGCCUGGGUGCUGCAGUUCGGUGAGGCGGAGAACCGCUUGCUCAUGGGCGGCUGUAGAAACAAGUGCCUCUCGGUGCUGAAGACGCUGCGGGACCGCCACUUGGAGCUGCCGGGCCAACCGCUCAAUAACUACCACAUGAAGACGCUGCUGCUGUACGAGUGCGAGAAACACCCGAGGGAAACGGACUGGGACGAGGCUUGCCUGGGCGACCGUCUGAACGGCAUCCUGCUGCAGCUCAUCUCCUGCCUGCAGUGCCGCCGCUGCCCUCACUACUUUUUGCCCAAUCUCGACCUCUUCCAGGGCAAGCCCCACUCGGCCCUGGAGAGCGCUGCCAAGCAGACCUGGAGGUUGGCCAGGGAAAUCCUCACCAAUCCCAAAAGCUUGGACAAACUAUAGAGUGCUGUGCGGACUGCGUGGAAAGCAACACAAACGGGCAUGCUCUCCCAGAACAUACACACACACAACGGCAAAAACUCUAAAACACAAACUUUUAUGGAAAUCACCUGAAAGAACGGGAGUAGACUGAAGACCUCCUCAAUUAAGAAGCAAACAAAAGAGGGCAAAUCAACCAAAAAAAAUUUACAUUCUUGCACAAAAGUGAUCGUUUCCUUCCAAACAAUGUGAACUUAAAGAUCACACAAAAGAAGCAAUCGGGCUUUGCCAACAACACAAAAUGAAACCCAAGGUACAUUUUUCAAAUCCAUGUAUAGUAGUUUCCCUUCUUUUCCUUCUUUACACCCCUUCCUUGUUUUGGAUUGCUAGAAUGAUUGUCACCAAGUGAAAAAAAAUUAUUUAACUAUAUGUGAAAUUUCUUUUUACAAAGUUUUACUGAUGUGAAAUGUGUCUCAGUGCCAAUGUCAAUGUGCC